CCCUGUUCAGGCAGAGAAAAGAUAUUCCGCUGAUCUCAUCUGGGUGAGAAGAAAACAAUCACUUAAGUGCACUCUAUUGCACUACAUAACUGCCGGCUAUGCAGCAUAGUGGUUCUGUGUCCAGAUGUAUAGUACAUUGACCUUGUCGAUGUGGGGUCAGUGUUGUGUUAAUUUAGUGCUGUAACCUAGUUAAGGGUUACUUAGUAAGAUAGAAAUGAUGCUGAAUCAUUCCCCUCGGGGGUCUUUCAGUGUACCUGUUAACAUCACCCUGCAGGGCGCGCGACGACGACACAUGCGGGAUGUCUUCCACCAGCAAGGCCAAUUACAUGAAACUGGAGGGAACUGGAGGAAAGAUAGGGAGCUGAAAUGCAAUGAGAAAGCCAGAGCUCAAAUCCCAGAGUCCAGUGUGGGAGAAGACAGAGCCAUCCUCUUGGGCUUCACCAUGAUGACCUUCUCCAUCCUCAUGUACUUUCUGGUUGGAAUUGUAAUGGUGAAACCAUGUCUCCAUAGCGACUGGAACAAUUUUGCUAACUGCUCAUUAGUCCAGAUUGAUUUACUGGAUGAAGUGAUGGACUGCCGUGGCAUUGUCAGCUUCAAAUGCCUGCGUGUUUUGGUAAACAUCUCGUCCCCUGAAAAAACACUUCGACUUUACUACGAUGAAGACUUUGUGAAAUCCAGGCCAAAGGGAAUUAUGGAGAAAAAUAAAGGAGUGUGUUUCUACAUUCCGAAAUGCCAACAAAACAAGACAGAACAAGAGACUGAGGCCAGUAACAUCAAACACGAGUUAAGUGCGCAAGGGGAAAACAUGACAUGCUAUCUCAGUGCUACAUACCCAGAUGACGCCAUUUUGAGGAGGAAAUACACCAUUCGAAUGGCCUUCUAUUACCUGCUGUGGCCCAGCCUCGUUUUGUUUGGUGGGAUCCUCCUGGUGGGGCUGGUUAAACUCAACCAGCAUCUUGCGUCCCUCUGCACUGAGAUCAGUAGAGAGGAGUUACUAGGCAAGCAGAGUAAACUGACGGAGGGAAGGAUCUACCGGUUCUUAAGAUGCAGGCCUGGAGGCAACAUGGAGCAGCAUGACCAAGUUAGCUAGAAAAUAGUAUAAUGUGUCUCUACUAUAAUGGGCAAGUUAGUUGUUUAAAAUUACUUCAUUCAGUGUCUUAUGAAAUUAACAUUAGUGCCUUAUGCCCUAAAUAUGGCCAAAGCUUUUUUUAUAUAUUGUGAUUGUUCAUUAUAACCAAAUAGGCUAUUAACCACUUGAAGAAAUUGUAGAUGCAGUAAAGUGGUUGGGUAAUUUCGGUGAGCUUUGUGGUCCACACAUUUACUUUUCUUAAAAAAUGUAGUAACAUGCACCUCUAAAACUACUACCAAUUGUCAAACAUCUAUUUAGGUAAUGUUUUAUGCUACUGUUAAAGGUAAUUCAGUCUUUCUAAAAUCUUGCCAAUAGUUAAUUUUAAAGGUCAAUAUUCAAUCCCAGUUAAUAUUAAUGUAAUAAAGGUUAUACAGAAAAAAUUAGUAGAAAAAUGGAUAAUGUCCUGACAAAAAAUUGCCAGUACCUUUUCCAUUAAGUUAAAACAAACUCUCACAAUUCUGGAUUUUCUUUUUCUCACAAUUGCAAAUUUAUAUCUCACAAUUCUAACAUUAUUUCUUGCAAUUCUGACUUUAUUUCUCAUAAUUCCAAGUUUAUAUCUCACAAUGAUUUGCAAGAUAUAAACUCACAAUUCAGCUUUUUUUUUUUUUUUUUUUUUUUUGCAAUUGCAAGUUUAUAACUUGCAGUUCUACUUUUUUUUGUCUGAACUGUGAGAUAUAAAAUCGCAAUUGUUCAUUAUAAAGUCCAAAUUGUGAAAUAUAAACUCACAAUUAUGAGGAAAAAAGUCAGAAUUUGUCACGGGUGUUUUGGUUUUGUGUUCACGUUUAUGAUUUCAUGUCUUUUAUUUUGUAGCUGAUUUAUGUUUCUUGUUUGUGUCAUGCUUCCCCUGCUCCUCAUUUUCUACCUUAGUGCAUGUGUCAUGUUCUGAUUGGUUGGUUAUAGUCAUGUGGUUUUCAGUUCUGUUCUGUUAUUGGUUCUCUUGUUCCCUGUGUCAUCAAUUCUUGUAUUUAUAGCCAUUGUCUUCCCCAUGUUCCUUUGUCAUGUAUUAUCAAUGUAACCUGCUGUCGGUGAGUCGUCAAGUCAAGUCAAGUCAAGCCACGUUUCUGUUGCUGUUCCUGUUCCUGUUCCUGUUCAUGUUCACGACUGUAUUUUGGAUUAUAAUAAACUGCACUUGGGUUCUCACUA